GGGAGGGAGGCGGAUGUAGUGCCAUGGAAUAAUUGAAUUUCAGUCGCGAAAAGCUGUCGAAAUGGUUGGAUCCAUUUAGCACAAGUUGAGUGCCAGACCGAAGCAAAGCUCAGCUAUGACGAGCCGGGACACGUUCGUUCAUCUAUUCGCUGGAGGGAUGGGUGGCACGAUGGGCGCCAUCGUGACAUGCCCAUUGGAAGUGGUGAAGACGCGGCUGCAGUCUUCACGCAGCGGGUUUGAGCUGCAGGUGCCGCCGAUGGCGGCCGAGUCGCGCGGCCAGGCGUCCGUCACGUGCCGCUCCGUGCAGCAUGGCCAGCGGUCGCGCUUCUGCACGGCCAGCGGUCGCGCCGCGCGCGACGGGCAUGUGGCGUUCGGCCCGGAGUUCCGGCCGGCCCGCUCCAUCGGCCUCAUCCGCUGCAUCAGGGUCAUUAUGGAGAAGGAGGGUCCAUACGCCCUCUUCAAGGGCCUGGGACCGAACCUGGUUGGCGUGGCUCCUUCGCGGGCUAUCUACUUCUGCUCCUACUCGAACGCCAAAAAGUUCUUCAAUCAGCGCCUGACGCCGGAGUCGCCUAUCGUACACAUGGCAUCAGCCAUGUGCGCCGGCUUCUGUUCCUGCACCGCCACCAACCCGAUCUGGUUCAUCAAGACUCGGCUGCAGCUGGACCAGCACCGCUUCGGGCAGCGACUGCGUGUCGUCGACUGCAUCAGCCGCGUGUACGCCGAAACGGGUAUUCGAGGCUUCUACAAAGGCAUUACGGCUUCUUACUUCGGCAUCACCGAAACCAUGAUCCAUUUCGUCAUCUACGAGCACGUCAAGCGUCGCCUGCAGAUGUACAGGCACGCUAACACGUCCGUCAAGACCAGCUGGGACUUCGUCGAGUUCAUGCUGGCCGGUGCUGUCUCCAAGACGGUGGCCUCCAGCGUGGCGUACCCGCACGAGGUGGCGCGCACCCGGCUGCGCGAGGAGGGCAACAAGUACCGCGGCUUCUUCCAGACGCUGCACGUGGUCUGGUGUGAGGAGGGCCACCGCGGCCUGUACCGCGGCCUUGGCACCCAGCUCGUCCGCCAGAUCCCCAACACGGCCAUCAUGAUGUCCACCUACGAGGCGGUUGUGUACCUGCUCAGAGACACGUCUUACGACAAGGAUUUGAUGUACGAGGAGGACGACGGGUCUGUGCCAGAGUGCGCGACGAACUCCUCCGGGCGGACGAGUUUUGCGUAGUGCCACUAAGCAGCGCUACCGGCGGAAUGUUCGUGCCAGUAGCGGCCGCGUGGCGGCACCAUUGUCGGGCUAUAACGUGGUGUGACGUAUGCGCACUGUGGCUCUAUCGUUGGAUGAUGAGCGCUCAGCGGCGACCCCGUGGCACUCGUCGGAUAAUGUGUGCUCAGCAGCCACCUCGCGGCAUUAUCUGGUGAAACGCUCUCCGCGACCGCCACGCGGCGCUAGCGUCGGAUGAGCUCUGCUAGAUGGCCGCUACGCGACGCCAGCGUAGGGUGCGCUGCUCUCAGCGAAUGUCACUUGUCUCCCGGCGACAUGCGGGGGCGAGCGUGGUGUGCCCUGGGGGUGCGGAAGUGCUCGGGGCGAGGGUGGUACGCCCUGGGGUUGCGAACAUGCUGGGGGCGCGGGUGGUGUGUCCGGGGGGUGCGAUGUCCUCCGGCGUGACUGCUCGCCGACUCUCUGUGAUAGCUUGGCUGAUGUGCCGCAGCCGCGGACGGGCAGUCCGGUGGAUUAGUCUCUGCUGCCGCCGCCAGGAGCGCUGCCGGGCCGGCCAGCCCCUCCGCAUGGUGCGGCGCACGUGUCCUGCUCCGCGGGCUGGGGUUGACGGUCAGGUGGCUGCUCGAGCCACGGCGUGGGGCCGUCGCCGCCGCUCGGGUCGGCGGGAGAUGGGCGGGCAAGGGCAUCCGGCGCGUGUCGUAUGUGGAGGGUGUGUGGUUUGAAACUCAUUUUGUAUCUAGGUGGAAUAUAUGCAGU